AUGGCUUCUGUCACUAAGCUUUGCGAGUACUGCUCUCUCAUCGACUUUAGCUAUCUCCGCAAUCCUACUGCAGCCGAGAUCGACUCUCUCAACGCUGGUGAAAGGCCUACUGAGGACCGAUUUCCUCUCAAAUUUGGCCAACCCAUCGAUGGCGACCCGAGUUGGACCUUGGGUCGCGCGGACCGAAUCCGUGCCUCGGCGGACACUUGUGUCUUUUGCAAAGCUGUCAAAAAGGUCCUUAUUCAGUAUGAAGAUGAGCUGACAACAUUGGAGGCAGUUGGCUUGAAGGAUCCUUUGUGCUAUGCUACAUGUGACAUUGCCGGGGCCUUACAACCUCCGAAGGGUACUGCUUGGGAAGGAGCUAAGCCCGGAGAGGCGAAUCCGGAGUUUAUCAUGAGACGUCUGGCGAUUUACUUCAUUCCUUUCGACGAGAACAGCACGAACGGACUAAACCCUGGACGCGUGGGUUUCAAGGAGGCGUCUUGGAAGCGGAUAUUUCACUGCUUUCAGACGUAUGAUGCCGCAAGAUCGCAGGAUUCCUUCGAAGUGGAAACCUUCUUUGGAGGCCCUCAUAACCCAGGCGACAUCCUUUUUGCGGGGAGAAAGAGGCCAUCUAAGGUGGACAUGCGUCUUCCAAUUCAAUGGGUUAAACAUUGCAAGGAAAUGCACACCUCAUCGUGUGGUUCUGCACAAGUGGAAGAUCGAGACGAAGAUCAAGACGGAGAUGUAGGCUCCAGCCUUUUGUUUGUCUUUUGUCUCGCAAUCGCAAGGCUUUGGCGCAACCUCUUCGCAAAACUAUAUGUUGCAAAUAUUCCUGGUUAUAUGCCACUGUUUCGCCUCAUAGAUGUAGAAACGAUGGCAAUUGUAGAACGCAGAAACGUACAGCUCAAAAGUCUGAACUACAUGACUUUGAGCUAUGUGUGGGGAAAAGCCCCCCAGAAAAAGAUGUUAUUCAAGGCGAAUCGCAACAACCUACUAAAAAAAGACUCGCUAAAAGGCAACCUCUCUCAAACCAUUGAGGACGCCUGCAAAUUCACGAAAGACAUGGGGACUCGGUUCAUAUGGGUAGAUGCUCUCUGUAUCAUUCAGGAUAGCGAUGAGGACAAAGCAGUGCAGAUCGGCAAAAUGGCGGACAUAUACGCCAAUGCCCUGCUCACCAUCAUUGCUGCGAGCGGCAAAGACUCUCACGCCGGUUUACCUGGCAUUUCAACCGACCGAAAGCGAAUGCAGAAGGAAAUUACAAUACGAACAUCAACAUCCGAGGAGGAGAUAUCCCUAUUGUCUACAUUGAGCCAUACAUCGAGCCGAUUUUCAAACUUCAACUCGGAGACGACGUGGUCCUCUAGAGGGUGGACAUUGCAAGAACGAGCCGUCUCACGAAGGAGCAUAACGUUUCUUGACGAGCAAAUCACCUGGGCUUGUUGCGAGUCACACUGGAGUGAGGAGACCAACUCGGAGGCCUCUGCAGUUGUUUCGUGGUUCAACUUGUCAGGUUCCGAAUCCUAUCUCAAUUCGGCAUACAGAGACCGGUACGCGUCUGAGAUUGAUGGUGAUCAGAUGUGGCACAAGCUGCAUCGUCUCGCACGUGACUAUUCGAACAGAGAGCUCACUGGGGAAGGUGAUGCUUACAAUGCCUUCUCAGCUAUCAUUCAACAGGCACAAGAGAUUUCAGGAGAGCAAUUCUUAUGGGGCCUUCCGACUUCAAGAUUCGAACUCGGCUUAUGCUGGGAGCCAAACUUGGAGGGGGUGAGAAGGCGUUCAGCCCUGACUACUCUACCGACGACAUCUCUUAAGAAGAAGGUCCCGUUCCCCAGCUGGAGCUGGAUUGGCUGGAAAGGCCCUAUUGGGCUGACGAUUGAAGAUCGCCAUGUUGAAGCCGGGCUGGAUCCCGUCAUUUCUUGCUACAUCAUGAGACGCGAACCAUUGAGACUAGUUCAAGUCCGCCUCUUGUUCUUGGAUAAUCCUAAAAACCCACCUGUCGCACGUGGAAGCUCUGCAGUUUCCCGUGACAUGAUCAAGAAUCACUACCCUGAUUUGACGACUGAAAUACUCGAUAAAAUACCAGAGGAUCAGAUUUUGUUUUUCUGGGCUGAAUCGGCGCGUUUUCGGGUGACCGAACCGAUCAAGUCAGACCUUUGGCAGCCUGGCUGGAACCCGCUUGAAAGAAACCAACAUGCAUACUACGUCCAGCACAUCAUUAACUCCGAUGGCAGGGUAGUUGGCGAAACUGGCCGAUGCAAAGAAAGUUUUGCUGUUGGUGCAAGUAAGAGUGAAGACUACGAGUUUGUAGUCAUCGCAGAAAACACAGCGCCCCCAGAGUUUGAGAAGAAGCGGGUUGCAUUGCAAGUUGCACGCAGACCCGACGGAGUCGCAUACCGCAUCAACAUUGCCGAGAUCAGUCAAGUUGGGUGGGAGAACGCAACCGUGACUCAUGGGUUGAUUGCAUUGGGAAGCGAGGAGGGAGUAGCGUAG